AUGAGCAGGCCUAGAUACUUGACCGACGCGGAGAGAGCCAAAGUGCUCGAGUUCCUGGACAUGAUCCAUUAUAGUCCCAGAUACAGCGACGAUUCCAACGAAUAUCGACAUGUAAUGUUGCCAAAAGACAUGUUGAAAGUGAUUCCACAGGACUAUUUUAACCCAGAAACAGGAACAUUGAGAAUCUUAUUGGAAGAGGAAUGGCGAGGUUUGGGUAUCACUCAAUCCUUAGGGUGGAUGCACUAUGAAACACACGCGCCAGAACCUCAUAUACUACUUUUCAAGAGACCCAUCAACUACGAUAGUUAA